AUGGCUCCACACUCCUCUCCAUCCGGCUGUGCCAGCUGCGCCUGUCUGGCGGAAAAGAUCCAGGAGCUUGAGCGAAGGAUCUCCACCCUCUACCAGAUCCAGGAAGCCGAGAAACUCAUGGACACCAUCGUCUUCAGAACACCUCAUCCCGACUCCACCGGCUCAUCGGAUCCAGACCCUGCCGCUCCCAACACCUCUCCCCUGGCUGCUGCGACCACCUCUCCUCCACCUGCUCAUCCAUCCCUCUGCCCCAACGUCUCCUCGACAAGGCUGGGAGCAAAACCCAAGGCUAAACCAGAGCCUCUGGCUAGCUCCACUCCAUCCCUGCAGGAGCACUGGUCCCACAUCACCGCCCGCACCGGGAAAACAAGGCUCCCAUCUCAGGCUCCCCUCUUCCACCUCCACUUGGAGAACAGGUUUGACACCCUGGACCUCCAUGACUUCCCCCCCGCUGCCCGCGGGAUCCCAGCCGAUGUCCACCCGGCUGUCUCAUGGGUCCUCCAGCUCUCCGCCGUCCCCGUCCGGCCUUCCUCCCGUGCCCGACCAUCCGCUCGCCGGGUCCCUCCGGCGGCGCUCGAUGCUGUGCUUCACACCUGCACCGCGGCUGGCCCGUGUCCCUUCCAUCUUGCCCCUGUUGUUCUCCUCGGCGAAUUCCCCCCCUCCUCCGACACAUUCCUCUCCGGUCACACAGUUUUCACGUCCACUUUUCCCUCCGACGACUUUAAUUGUGGGCGACUCCAUCGUGAGAAACAUCCGCUUUUUUAA